AUGUCUAGCACAACUACCACCAACGACCCAAAAGAGGUUGCCGAGGAUUUUAACGUCAGCUUUGAUCUACCACUCCGACUGAAAUCCUCUUCACGACAAAACACAGUUUUUAUCACACCUUCUGUGUUUACAUCACCAUCUUCUGUCGAUGAUUUGGCCCAGACAUCUGUUACGCCAUGUGACCAAGAAGAGACUGAUGCUACAUCCGGAAGCGGCACCAUCUUUGGUGUUUAUUUUCCAUGUCCUCCUCCUCCCAACACUCCAGCUGAGAGCAGUGAUGACAUCUCUGUUUCAGGCGAACCAUCACCAAAAUCUGGUUGGACUGGGGAAUACUCUGAUCCUGGUACCUCUUUCACUAGCAUGUCUAAGCUCGGUUGGACAGGAGAAUACUCUCAAUCUGAUCCUGUUACUCCUACCACUAGCAUGUCUAGGCUUGGUUGGACGGGAGAGUACUCUACCUCUGGGGUCGAGCCUGAACAAUUAAUGGCAAGACUCAGCACUUUGGCCAAUACAUCAGAGGACGAGCCUGACAAAACCCAGAGUGGAGACGAGGAAAUAUCUUCUGGAGACAGCUCCCCGACGAAAGGGGAUGAAAGUGCUUCCACUGCUAGAAACAUCAGUCCUGAAGAAGAAGAAGAGGUAGCCAAGUUGGCACGACAAGCUAUCUGGGGUAUGACUCCUCGCUCAGCCAUUGAAUCCCUAGAAAUUAAGCAAGUCACGUCUGGCGCUGUUACCAUCACCAAUUCGGUUGCUCAGCCCCAAUCUGCUGCUCUAUGCAACAUUGAGGAUGACGCUGUUCCCGAGGCUGCAGAGGCUGUGGUGUCCCCUCCUACUGAGGCAAAGUCCACAAGAGACGCCAAAUUUGUCAAGCGAGAAGAGGACAGUCACAUUGGUCGUAUGGCUCGCUGCAUGAGUCUCUUCAAGAUGCGCAGCAAACCCGAGCCUCAGGCACCAGUCAACCAACCCAAGCACGCCACUCUCUCACCAACAAAGUCUUGUCUCAAGCCAUCUAAUUCUCUGGCUGGCAUUGUUCUUGACAGAAUCGAGGAAGGCAGCCCUCAAGAGCCUGUCCCAGUACCCAAGCCACCAAAAAGCGCCAGUAUUACUUUCGAUCUAGACGAGACAGCCGAGAGUGACAAGUCCAAGCGCAAGUUAAAGUCCAAGUCCAAGUACUAUUUCAAUUUCAACCCCUUUAGCAAAUCAAGCUCUGAGGAGACCCAGGACACUUCCGAUGAGGAAGAAGAACUUGAUCCAGACUCACCAUUUGCAGCACAAGACGUGGAAAUACAACGCCGUCUGGCACGAGCUGAUGUCCAUCGCGACGCAAAUGAACGCGCAGCUAUUAUUCGAGGCGCGCUGGACUUUCUCUUGGUUGUCUCCGAUAGAGUCGACAGUGUUGCUGCUGAUCGCAUCGGUGUUCUAUUGGACAAGACUGGGGAUAGGUGUCUUGGGAGCUAUACUGGGGAAGAAAAGGAUCACGUGAAUCCUCACCAGUAUGGCAACAAGGUUAGCCAGAGCCUGUACCGCUCCAAGGAGACGGCUAUGUCUUAUAAAUGA